UACUCUGUGUGUGUGUGUGUGUGUGUGUGUGUGUGCGUGCGUGUGCGCAUGUGUGUGAGAGAGUGAGAGGAUGGAGGCUGGGCUGGAAUCGACAUUACAAAAAGUGAAAUAGUUGGACAAAGGGAGAGGACGUUGGGACACUCGGCGCAGCAGGAAGGCUCCCAUCGUCAACGAGAGAUCUCGUAUUAGUAGCUGGAGAGAGGAUCUUCUGUCCAGAUGAGAGAGUGGACUGAGUUGGAGAUGAGCUUUUCGGCAGGGGGGUUUCUCUCCUCCUCGGAUGGUUACUGCUCCACAGAGCAGCUCCAGUAUUACGACAUGCUUGCUGACCCUCUGGGCUACCCCCUUCAGGACCCAGACCUCCAGCUUCUCCCUUAUAGCCAGCAACAGUACAGCCCAGCCGCCAACCUGUCCUUUUCCCUUUAUGCCUCUCCACCUUCCUCCACCUCCUCCUCCUCUUCCUCUUCGCAGCCCUGCCAUCCUCAGUACCACUACAGCCCUCAUUGCCUGGAAGCCCCCUGUGAUCCCAGCCCCGAGCCCCACUGCGGGGGCCUGGCUCAGGGGCUUGGAGCGGUGGGACUGCCCCUGGGGCGGAGGACACGGGUCGGGUCGGGAGGGAAGAGCAGAGGCCAGGAAGAGCUGUGUGUGGUGUGUGGAGAUAAAGCGUCAGGGUAUCACUACAACGCUCUUACCUGCGAGGGAUGCAAAGGUUUCUUUAGGCGUAGUGUGACAAAAAAGGCUGUGUAUCAGUGUAAGAGUGGCGGUGGCUGUGAGAUGGACAUGUACAUGAGAAGGAAGUGCCAAGACUGUCGGCUGAGGAAGUGCCGCGCCGUGGGAAUGCUGGCUGAGUGCCUUCUGACGGAGGUGCAGUGCCAGUCCAAACGACUGAGGAAAGGAGGUAAAGGCAGAGGACAGGAGGAAGAGGAGAACACAGAGAGCAGGAGGGUCAGCUCCACCAGCAAGCUACCUGGACAGGCUUUGUCUGCCAGUUUAACCCAAGAACAGAAGUACAUUGUGGACAGGAUGGUGGAGGCCCAUCGACUGUACAGAGCACAGGACAGCGGCCACUGCAGGUUGUUUGAGUUUCCCUGUACAGAAGAAGUGGGGGGCUUGUCUGAUGUUUUAUCACCCCACCUGCAAAGACUGCUACAGUUUGCCAGGACAGUGCCAGGUUUUGACCUCCUGGAUUUUUCCGACCAGAGUUGUCUCCUGUGUGGGUCUUCACUGGAGAUCAUGUUUCUGAUCUCAGCUCAACAGUUCUCCCGCAACCCAUCAAGCCCCUGUCCAGCCCUGCAAAUUUUCAGAACGACAACACACAACUGGCUGAGAAAUGCAGAGUCUAAGGAAAACAUCUACAGUAGGACGCUGGUCAACUCAGGUGGCAGUGAGGAUCUCCUUGGGCCGGUGCUCAACUUCUUCCACAGCAUGGCGACGCUGCGGGUGACAGAUGUGGAAUACACCCUGCUCACUGCAACAGCUCUUCUCUGCUCAGCUCUGUGUCCCUGUCCUGCAGAUCGUGCGUCCUUGCAGGCUGCCGGCUGCGUUGAGAAGAUGCAGGAGCUGAUCCUUGACCUGCUGUCCAGGGUGUGUGGGGCCCAGGCUGGAGCUGCGCGAGGGGGCCCUCAGAGGUUUGGGCGCCUGCUGGGUAGACUGACGGAGAUACGAACCCUCCAUCACAACUACCUUGUCCUAACGAGACAGCCGCAUGGACACUGAUGGAGAGGACACACUGAAAAUAGCGAAUACCACCACUAUCAUCUCUGGCCAGUUUCAUGUUUGAAUUGAAGGACUUGAUGGUCCUGUAUGUGCUGAGAAAUUUAACAAAAACAUCUUGACAAUGCAACGUUCACCUGAUAUUGACUGGACUGUGUUGGAUUCUUUGGUUUUACACAUAAUUUUAUAGGUCUUUUCAUAACUGUUGUAUACAGUACUUUUCACUAUGCUGAGUAUUGUUAAAAUAAAACUAAAGUGCAAACUGUGUGAUAGCUGGAGUUCAUCACUUUCUGACUAAAAUCAGGGACUAAAUGGAACUUACUUUCACCACACCAAGCUCUUCAAUAGAGCUUGCGCUAAUGGUUUAACUUCCUGCUUGUAAUAAUCAAAUAUUAGAAGAACAUCUCACUUUUGGUUGUAAAAAGAAAAUACACAAAUCUGCAGUUAAGUAUCCCCAAAAUAUUUUUAAUAGAGCAAUAAUUUCCCACAAUGUGGGAAUACUGAUUCAGACAAAAUAUUUGGUGAGCAGGUAACAUAUGCAAGUAAUACAAGAUAAUAAAAGAUGUAUUUUUCAUUAAUAAAAAUCGGGCUCUACACAAUAAAUAGAAUCUUCUGGGGGUCAACAGUGAAUGUUGGUGGUUGGUAAUGAGUAAAAUCAACACCAAACCAUAUGAAAUCAUCUGUUAAAAUGUUGGCU